CUAAAUCCGUGACAAGAAGAAAAUCGGAGCAGCACGCUCUCUCGAUUCCCGGAAAUGCCUCUGUUCAAUCGCGAUAAGCGCGUGCAAUUUUCUCGGAGAAUGAUUUCCUGAGAUUCUCCUUCAUCCUCUCGGGUCCUUCUCCUCCGUGAUUCCGAGCUAGAACCAAGUCAGCGAGUAUGCAUUCGCUGAGUCUGAAGGCUUUCGGCGACGUCAAUGCGGGGGCGAGGAGGUGUUUGUCGUCCGAGGCGAGCCGGAGGAGAGAGUGGCUGAAUUGCAGAGAGACCCAGAGGAAUUGCAGGAUUUUCGCUUCUUCCUCGGAGAGGGGCGGUGGCGGUGCGGGGGGAGGGGGCGGGGAGAGCAAGAGUUCGAGCUUGAGCUCCAGCUCCAGCGCCAGUUCGUUCCUCAUACGGAGCCAGACUUAUGCUCUGCUGAAGCAGCAAAUGGAGGUCGCCGCCAAAUCUGAGGACUAUAAGGAAGCUGCUCGAAUUCGUGAUUCAUUGAAGCUGUUUGAGGAAGAGGAGCCGGUUCUUCGCCUGAGAAUGUUAAUCAAGGACGCAGUCACUGAUCAGAGGUUUGAGGAUGCAGCUAAAUAUCGCAACGAGCUGAAAGAAAUUGCUCCCCAUUCGCUCUUGAAAUGUUCAAGCGAUGCAACAACCUUGGGUAUCAGGAUUCAAGUGAGGAGUGUCUACAUCGAGGGGCGGAGUCAGCCUUCCAAAGGGCAGUACUUUUUUGCUUAUAGGAUCAGAAUUACCAACAAUUCAGAUCGACCAGUUCAACUUCUUAGAAGACACUGGAUCAUAACUGAUGCCAAUGGCAAAGUUGAGAACUUAUGGGGAAUUGGAGUUAUAGGCGAACAACCCGUUAUGCUACCCGGGACUAGUUUUGAGUACUCAUCUGCAUGCCCACUCUUCACGCCCAGUGGAAGAAUGGAAGGCGACUUUGAGAUGAAACACGUUGACAAGGUGAAGUCGCCGACGUUCAACGUGGCUAUCGCACCGUUCUUGCUCUCCGCUUUUGGGGAUGACUCCGAUGCUUUCUGAUAUCCCAGAGGUUUCUGCUCGAGACAGACCCGACAUUGAAGCGGCUCUUUGCUCCGAUCGAAUUUCUUGUAAACUAUUCUCAUGGUAGGAACUGUAUAGCGAAGUAGCAACGUCCAGUUGUACAGAUCAACUUCCUCUAGUGGAAUAUGAGCUCUCGUUUCCUUUUCCUCUGUUUCUUUUUUUCCCGUGCUUGGACGGACAUGGUCAAAGAUACGCAUAGUUUUUUUCAAUAAGGAAGAAGAUUUGACGGUGCAUUGAUGCUCUUGGA